GUUUAAGCCAAACGGGAAAUAAUAUAAUUUCCCGUUUGGCUUUAUAAUACUGGAAGGCAAUUGCCACAGCCGGAACUUAAGGGGUAAACAAACCAUAGUUAAACUCCAACAUAUACUUUUAGAACACAAAGAUCUUUAGGAAGUGAUAAUAAAUUAGGCACUUUCAUCAAUAUUUCACGUCCUUAUUAGAGCAGGUACUUUCUUAAAGCUGCAAAAGGCCAUCGGCAAAAACGGAUAUAAUUUUCUUAUCCCAACGACACUCAAAAUAAGAUAUAGAUAUUGUAAUUUAUUAUCUAUCAUAAAGUUAUUGUCAACACGGUUUUCUCUGCUGAUCUGUAACAAAACGUGCGAAAAAAAUUUUAGUUAUUAGUAUAGUCGACAUGAAUUUGCAUAUGAAACAGUUAAGAGCGAAAGCGCUGUUCAAAUUCUCACCGUUUUAAUUAGAAGUGUCCUGCAUGGUAAAAGUAAAAGCCACUCGAGAAGAAAAAGAGUCCAUCGAAACUGUGCACGAAAUGACUAAAUCGGCAAUAAUUGCCUUAAGCUUUGUAUUGGUUUGUUUGGUAGCCAUCCCGGGAAAUGGAUCGAUGGAUGAAGACGGUGAAAUCGAGAAGAUUAUUGAGCAAUCCAUUGACAACGUCGAAAAAAGGAACGGUAGAGAUAGAAAACGUUUAGAAAGCUCUCAAAGGCAAUGGCGCAGGAAUUUUAGAGAAGCCAUGAACGGUGAAAGAAGAAGCAAGGUUGAAAAAGACUGGUAUAAUAGAGCCAAAAUCGCCAGAACUGACCAAAUUAAUAUGAAAAGAUUCAACAAGAUGCUCUCAGGUCCUGUUGCACGGUCGAUAAGUUUGGUUGAACCCCGAUUGUACUUGAAGGAGAGACGUCUGAGGGAUAAAGUGACGUCUGAGUGUGACCGCGAGUUGGAAAGACACCGCAGAGGACUAAGAAGCGGCGCAAAUGUGAACACGACUUCAACACCGAUGACGGCAAACCAGUCAGCAACGGUGACAUCGCAACCCCAAACAACACCAGCACCGCCACCGCCACCCUUAUUCAUCAACUGCACCGGGAUUCAUUCCUGCAGAGGAAGGUGCACAGCCGGUAUGGAUUACGGAAGGAAAGAUGAGCUUAACGAAUGCCGUUGUGAUCCAUAUUGCACGUUUUUCAAAGACUGCUGCGCAGACUUCGACACUUUUUGCCCCGAGGUAGCCCAGGGUAGGCCUCUGCUCCCCCUACAAUUAUACGAGUGUGUGAGCAACUUUCGAGUCUAUGAUAUCUGGAUGAUCACAGUGUGUCCAUGGAACUCGACCGAGGAAAGCGUCUCCCAGAAAUGCAAGUCAAAUGAAAAAAUGACGUCCCAGAAUUACGACAGCGUUAUCCCUGUAACCACCGCCGAAGGGAAGACGUUCAAGAACAGGCAUUGCGCCGCAUGUCACGGCGUCAAGACAAGCGACAUGAGGUUCUACGGUUUGGACAUGAAUUGUGAACUCUCACCACCGGAAGGCUUCUCAAGAACAGAAACCAUAAAGUUUCUAUUGGAGUAUUGCUCAUAUGUGACUUGGAAACCAACUGAUUCUCAACCGAGACGACAAUGCUACGACAUCAAGAACCCUUGUGAGAACAUGUUCUCAGAGUACCGUGACCUCUGCCACGUCUUCCCUCUUAGCGUCGUGUGGCACGACCGAGUAAAUUACAGAAAUAUCUACUGCGCUGCGUGCGAAAUGGUCGAUACAAAUAGCCCCCCACUCCUCUGCGGACCGUUGCCUAAAGGGGACACUAUGACAGGGCCCAGUAAACCCUUCUCUAUCGUCAUGAACAUCGGAGACGACCAGGACCCAAAUCCCAAGUUUCAAAAAGUGAAAAUUGAAUGUGACAUAGACGAAGUUUACGAUCCUUAUUUGGAGAUGUGUCGAAAGGCCGCGUUCGUGCCGGAUUCGAUACCAGGCUCCUCGCGCUUUGACGAGUUUCGCGUUGCAUUAUGGGUUACGCGAUUAUCCAAGAAUAGCGUGCCAAUUUCUUUUCUUUCUCAGGUUCUCAUCAUUGGGAGUUUGGCUGAAACCUUUAGCCUGAAUGUGACAACCAUAGGCAAUCUCGCGCGCGAGAUUAUUCGUGAUAUCGAUGUCGAUAUUUUUGUAUUUGAUGUGACAGUGGAAGAUAAUUCAACAGCGAAGAGGCGAAAACGCUCCAUGUCACGGACCUUCGACGAUCUGGUUCAAUUCAAGGAGCCAAUCGAAUGGCUUAUAGACAAUGAAAUUUUCACAGUUCUCAAAGCCACCUUCAGACGACUCAGCUGUGUUAACGUUGAACACUACCCCCCUGGGGAAUACACUGUUACGCCAACGGGGGAGGUGUACGUUAACAAGACUGGAGACACCUUUAACAAGAAAGACUUCUACUCGAAUGAAACAUCCGAGAAAUCGGGUAUUUCACACAAAGUCCCUGUAGGAACUGUUGUGGUCUGCCGGAAGAGACUGGCUACUUCUGACAAUUGCACCGGAAGUUACAUUUUCAUAGAAAGCUAUGAAUAUGUUAUACUUUCCAACAAGUCUUUGUUCCAUAAUGCCACACGGAGAGUAUACCAAUUUGAUCAGUAUACCGUCAAUGAAAAUAAGACUGCUACUAUUUGUAGUAACUUCACAGACAAGUCUUAUACUAAGAAACAACGGAUAGAAAUAGGAGGGUCCUCCAAUGUUGAACUAGCAUUGACGGUGCUGACCUAUGUUGGACUGAUACUGUCAGUGGCUUGUCUGUUGGUUGUGGUAGUGACAUAUUCCUUGUUUAGUGAGCUACGUACGGCACCCGGUGUAAACCUGUUAAACUUGUCUAUCUCGAUUCUGUUGGCACAAUUCCUGUUUCUGGUCGGAUCCGGUCAAACCGGUUCUAAGGCUGGUUGCGUUUUCAUCGCCAUUGUUUUCCACUAUGCAUUCCUUGCCUCGUUUUCAUGGAUGUCGAUCAUAGCAUUUGACACAUGGCGGGCUUUUUCGUUUAGUGGCCAAUCAGCGAUGAGAUCAGACAAAGCAAAACAGCGUCAGCGAAUCAUGAAGCGUCUCGCCAUUGGCUAUCUCUCGGUAUUUGUUCUGGUUAUUAUUCUCACAGCACUGGACCAAUCAGGGGCUUUUGCUAUACGAUAUGGUGGCAGCAAAGGAUGCUGGAUCAACAAUGGUGAUGCUAAUCUCUACAUCUUUGUCAUUCCUGUUUCGCUGGCCCUGGUAUGGAACGCAGUAUUCUUCGUUUUGACAGUCAAAGCCAUCCGCGUUGCCAAGCAACAGUCACGUGCAGCUGUUAACGAGGGUGACCAAAAGCGUGACAUCGCCGUGUACGCCAAGAUUGCGUCCCUGAUGGGUUUCGCGUGGGUCUUUGGCAUUCUCGCCGCGUUUAUCUCCGAGUAUCUCAUGUUCCCGUUUGUGAUUUUCACGACAGCUCAAGGCGUUUUCAUUGCGGUGUCUUUUGUGUUCACCCGUCGCGUGUGGAAGCUGUACGCGCAGAAGUUCAGCUCCGAUGCGCAUUCCAGGUCGCUUCACAAAGAACAGGGGCGAAGUAAUGCUGCAUUCAUCUCUAGCAAAACGAAGAUAAAAGAGACACAAUUUUGUCAUAGGACGACAAAAAAAACAGACACAGUUGUGACAUAGGACGACAACAACAAACACAGUUAUGCCAUGGAACGACAGCAACAGACAGUUAUGGCAUAGAACGACAGCAACGGACACAGUUAUGACAUAACACGACAACCGCAGACGCAGUUAUGACAUGGGAAGACAACAACAGAGACAAUAAUGACAUAGUACGACAACCGCAGACGCAGUUAUGACAUAGGACGACAACCGCAGACGCAGUUAUGACAUGGGAAGACAACAACAGAGACAAUAAUGACAUAGUACGACAACCGCAGACGCAGUUAUGACAUAGGACGACAACCGCAGACGCAGUUAUGACAUGGGAAGACAACAACAGAGACAAUAAUGACAUAGUACGACAAGAACAGAUACAAUCCUGACAUGGGAUAACUGGAAAGUUUGGGAAAAACAGACUAAAGCCAACAGUCAAAUAAAGAUAGAGUUAUUGACAAAUAUUGAGGACCGACAAGACUAGGGAAUAAAAAAAGGACAGAUUUAAAGUUGUACAGUUGCAUUGCGGAUUGAAAUAUUUUGGCUUCAAUAUUAUUGAAGGGGAAAAAGCUGCCCAAGUGCCACGCCCUCUCUUUCGACGAAUACUAGAUCCUCUUCAAGUUCAAAAAAAUAGUAACGAAACACAUUUCUGGCAUAGGGACGGCUGGAUAGGGGAAAAAGACCAUGAAAACAGAUAUAAAGCUGACAGUCGAGCAAAAGGCAACAAGACACAAUUUAACAUAGGAUUUACAAGAUGGUCAAAUUCGUACACAAGGCGGGAAUGAAAAGAGGAAUUUAAAAAAUGACAACAUGAAAUAUGUUUCAAACAUUUAAUACAAAUAAGUUUGAUUUCGAAUGUACACAACUUAAAGUGAUUACAUAAUGUUUCUCAAGCAUAAAUGUUUUUUCGCUUAUUGGGCUUUGCUCUCAACCGAAUUUCUUCUCUUUUUCUGGUUGACCAGUUACCAUAAAUAUAUUAUAACCAUUUGACACAUUUAAGUUAUUUUAUGGUAUGCUCAAUAUUUAAAGCGAUUACAUAUAAAUAACAUCGACAUUUCCCCUGUUGUUGAUAUAUUGGGUUUUGCCCUUUUUCCUUUAUACACUAAUAGUGAUUACAUGAAAUUUAUUAAAAACAUGCUGAUAUUGAUGAGUACUUAAAGAAUCUCUUCACAUUAGUAAAACCGAUUUCAAAACGCACACUGCAACGCUCUGCUGUGAAUUACUAUAAACGAAAUCUGUGAUUUAUUCGUUGGAAUCUGUGUGCUUUCGUGUUGCAUUUGGGCUGUUGGUUACUCUAUGCUAAGGGUGAGUUAAGCCCUUAGUCAGCCCCCACCCCUACCAAAAACCUCAAUGCUCGUUCCCAGUUUUUCCCGGCUUGCUAAAUCCUCCACCGGAAGUGCUCCGCUGAGAGGCCAUGAGCUUCGAGUGUCGUAAAUCAAGAUCCCGACCCCUGCAAAACAUCGCUCUGAACGACCUCCUAAAAGGUCUUGUACGCCAGGCGUAAAGCAGAGUAUUCAAAGCAGGAUUUGUGUACAUAAAAUUCAAUGAAACCAAAAAAGAAGCAUAAAGUUUGUUGAUAUCACACGUUAAACAGCGCUUCAUCAUUGUGAGAGUCACCUGGAAUGGAACUAACGUUAGGAACAAUAACAAACCGACCAGAAUCACAGUCAGUAACAGUUGCUUAUGGAAUUUCAGUUCUCUUGCCUCGGUCUGCUGAUUCGACGCGUUCUUUGGAGCGCAUGCGCGCGUUCGCUUCCUGAGUCCGCGAUAGAUGAACAGAUAGCACAGCAGUAUUGCACCAAAUGGCACGGUGUGGUGAAGAUGUGUGUCCAACAACUCGUAGACUUCAAAGUUGAUAUCCGCAAAUUGCAUCAUGGUGAAUAGAAGGGCGUAUGCCCAAACACCGCACGACACCAAAAUCGACGAUUUAAACGUGAUGCAAUUGCGAUGAAAAAUGGGGAAAAGUGUGCCCAGAAGGCAUUCCACGGUCAAUGCGACGAUAACGACCACGACGCUUGUAAAUGUGAAGAAUCCCGAAGCCGUUUGAAUGGUUUUGAGAUCCAUGUUCACGUAGCCCGAGCCAAGGCCUUCAAAUAGCGCCAUGGCGUAUGUCGUAUCAGUCACGAGUCCGAACGCGAGGUUUGUUAAAGCGAGGGAGGUGAUAAAACCAGUGGACGGCUUUCGAAGGCACUUGAGCGGGUCCUUUACAAUGACAAAAAGAAGACUCGUGUUGAUGAUGGUCGUGGAGACGGACAGCACGAUUGCCAUGAUCCCGGACAGAUAGAUAACGGUGCUGGAUACUAUGGGUAGUCCGGACAUGAUUAUUUCCUACACCUGAGGAAAAAGCAAAGUGUUAAUGGAAUAGAGGAAAGUUAUCGUGGAAUGUUUGAUUAGGUCAUUCAAGACAAAACUUUGCGAUAGUGCAAUCCUGUGCCGAGUUUCUAGAAAACGUGCAAACAGAGACAAAUGAAAUGUUGACGAGCUAGAUAAGAAUAAGCACCAUUGUGUUUUCAAUUUAGAUAACAACAACGAAUUCGGGGAAAGGGGAAGGGGAAAUAUUGUGUUGUAGUAUUUGUUUCAAGGUAGAAAUAGAAGAAAAACGUGUACCUGGACUAAUCAACGAAUCCGAACGGAACCCAAUCGAAUUUUAAACGUUGCCAUUGUUUCGACCAUCAACAAAGUGUUUCGAUUCGAUCGAUCGGUAAUCAUAAUAGAUGCAAAAAUAGACUAUUACUAAGCGGAAAUAUUAGUGAAGCCAGCAUUACGAUUAGUUAUUUUAACGUAAAUUUUAUUCGGUUUUAUUCGAUUGAAAAGAUUCGAAUUUCCUAAUAUUGCCAAUCCACCGCCUUUAGUACCUGAUUACCUACUAUCGCCUGUGUUCAGGUACCAUUUGCUUAUGUUUUUCGGUUAUUUGAGAAAACAGCUGAAGUAAGUCGUUAUUUUCCGGCUCAUUAGGAACACAGCUGAAGUAAUUUUGUUUCGGUUUGGUGAAGACACAGUUUAAAUGAUCUGUUUUGUUUCGGCUUUUGAAACAUUAAAUGAAAAUGCUCAGUUUGCAGGUGGGCCGAUUGAUGGAAUAUUUUUGUAAAAGACCAGGCUUUCAUGUACGACAAAAACACUUGACGAAUUAAAUAAUGUAUAAGAUAA